AUGUUAAAUAGUUUUAAGCGCAGUGCAUAUCAAUGCACUGGUAGUCUCGUAAGAUCCAUAUCUAAUAUAAACAAUUUGGAUCAAAAAGAAGAAUUGAGUAAUUGCCUAAAUGCUUUGCCUUCUAAGGCAAAAGUGGUAAUAUGUGGUGGUGGUGUUAUGGGGGCAGCUGUAGCCUAUCAUUUGUCGAAACGCAAUUGGGGUGGAGAAACUGUUGUCAUUGAAAAAGAAAGUGUCGGUGCAGGAAGUAGAUGGCAUUCAUCUGGGCUUGUUGGAGCUUUCAAACCCACUUUAGCUCAAGUUAAAAUUGCCCAAUCUUCUAUUCAACUGCUUAAAGAGCUUGAAUCACGAGGACGGGAAACUGGAUGGAAGCAAUGUGGUUCUCUAUUAAUUGCAAGAACAAGGGAUAGAAUGACUGUUUAUAGGCGAAUGAAGAGCCAAUCUGUGUCAUGGGGUAUCCCGUGUGAGCUAGUAAAUCCAGCAAGAUGCCAGGAAAUUUGGCCAUUACUUAAUGUGGAUGACAUUCUUGGUGGCUUAUGGAUUCCUGGUGAUGGAGUUGGUGAUCCAUAUCUGUUUUGCAUGUCACUGAUGAAGGAAGCUGUUGCUAAUGGUGUUGGAGUCAUGGAGAACUGUUCAAUAACGGCAGUGCAUUCUAAAAAUGGUAAGGUGUCUGGUGUGGAGACUACUCAAGGCCCAAUUGAAUGUGAAUAUUUUGUCAAUUGCGCAGGCUUCUGGGCUAGACAGGUUGGACAACUUGCCAAACCUCAAGUUAAGGUGCCGUUACUUCCAUGUGAGCAUUAUUAUCUUCAUACUAAGAAAAUUGAAAAUCUAGACUCAAUGACACCAGUACUACGUGAUCCGGACGGAUAUAUUUAUUUACGAGAAAGGGAUGGGUGCAUUUUGGCUGGUGGUUUCGAACCAAUAGCGAAACCAGUAUAUGAAGAAGAAAUCGAGACUUCAUCUCAAAGAUGUCUGUCUGAGGAUUGGGACCACUUCCACGUCCUUCUGCAAGAACUACUCAAGCGUGUGCCGAGCAUGAAUCAGGCUAUAUUACACAAACUUUGCAAUGGCCUUGAGGCUUUUUCACCAGACUGCAAGUGGAUUGUGGGUGAAGCCCCUGAGAUGUUUAAUUAUCACGUGGCAGCUGGUAUGAAGACAGUUGGUAUAUCAGCUGCUGGUGGAGUCGCUGAAGCGACAGUCGACGAGAUUGUGGAGGGCUACACCAAAUACGACAUGUAUGAAUUGGACAUCAGCCGUUUCUUGGGCUUGCACAACAACAAGAGAUUUCUUAGAGACCGAGUCAAAGAAGCACCAGGUAUCCAUUAUGGUCUUUCAUACCCUUUUUACGAGUUUGAAACGGGACGCAAUCUUCGGCUUUCGCCAAUUUACCCAACGCUGCGAGACAAGGGCGCCGUUUUUGGUCAAGUCAUGGGCUACGAAAGACCCACUUGGUUUGAACCUGUAGAGAAAGAAGCUGAGAAGCCGCGCCCCUUCAAAAUAGCGCAUACUAAAACCUUUGGGAAACCGCACUGGUUUGAAACAGUGCAACGAGAAUAUUGGGCGUGCAGAGAAGCGAUUGGUCUAGCUGAUUAUUCGUCGUUUACUAAAAUUGAUUUACAGUCGCAGGGUACUGAAGUAGUAGAUCUACUUCAAUACUUGUGUUCAAAUAACGUGGACGUACCUGUCGGAAGCAUUAUACAUACUGGAAUGCAGAAUGAACGCGGUGGCUACGAAAACGACUGCAGUCUCGCUAGGAUAUCGGAAAAUCACUACAUGAUGAUAGCGCCAACGAUACAGCAGACGAGAUGCAAAGUCUGGAUAAGGCGACACCUUCCCACCAACGGUUCGGUGACGUUAUCUGAUGUGACAUCUCUGUACACGGCCAUCUGUAUACUAGGACCGUUUACACGGAACCUUCUAUCGGAAUUGACGGAUACCGAUUUGUCACCAUCGAACUUCCCGUUCUUCACAUUCAAGGAAUUAGACGUUGGCCUGGCGAAUGGCGUGCGAGCGAUGAACCUCACCCACACAGGCGAACUCGGCUACGUUUUGUAUAUACCGAAUGAGUUCGCCCUACACGUGUACAAUCGACUUACGAAGGAAGGCGAAAAGUACGGUAUCACACACGUUGGUUACUAUGCGGCGCGUUCGCUUCGAGUCGAGAAGUUCUUUGCGUUUUGGGGACAAGACCUCGACACUAUGACGACGCCGUUGGAGUGCGGUCGAACGUGGCGGGUCAAGUUCGAUAAAGAUAUUCCGUUCAUCGGUCGAGACGCAUUACUGAGUCAGCGCGAGCGUGGUAUACACCGACAAUAUGUCCAACUGCUUCUGACGGACCACGAACACGAGCUGGACCUCUGGUCGUGGGGGGGAGAGCCAAUAUAUAGAGAUGGAAACUAUUGUGGACAAACAACUACAACUAGCUAUGGUUUCACUUUUAAAAAGCAGGUAUGUCUCGGAUUUGUUCAAAACUUAGACAAGGACGGCGUGCCUCAAAAGGUCACUAAUGACUAUGUUUUAAGCGGUCAUUAUGAAAUUGAUAUUGCUGGUAUCAGGUACGCUGCCAAAGUAAAUCUACACUCCCCACACUUGCCAACAAAAUAUCCAGAUAAAGAACGCGACGUAUAUCAAGCAACUAGAAGAUUACAUGACCCCCAGCAGUUUCUGGGUCGACAUUAUCAACCCUAA